AUGCGUCCCAUUCUUCUUCAGGGUCACGAACGUUCGUUGACGCAAAUCAAGUACAACCGCGAGGGAGAUUUGCUCUUUUCCGUGUCCAAGGAUCAUGUCGUCAAUGCCUGGUUCUCCCACAACGGAGAGCGUCUCGGCACAUACGAGGGACACGUUGGUGCUAUCUGGACCGUUGACGUCAACUCCUCGAGCACUCUUUUGAUCUCUGGAUCGGCCGAUAACACUGCCAAGCUCUGGGAUGUCUCGAACGGAAAGUGCUUAAAGUCGUGGGAAUUCAACACUGCCGUCAGAUGCGUUCAGUUCUCUGAGGAUGACAAGUUGGUCCUCAUCGUCACCGAGCCCCGUAUGGGUUACCCCGCCACCCUCCAGAUCUUCAACGUCGAGAACAGCACCACCGAGACCGUCUCUUCCGAGCCCAUCUACGACUUCCACCCCGAGGGCCCCAAGAUCACCGUCGCUGCAUGGGGUGCUCUUAACAGAUACAUUGUUGCUGGUCGCGAGAACGGAUCCGUCGCUUUGAUCGACCCUAAGUCUGGAGAGUACAUCAGCACCAACAAGGUUCACGAGUUGACUUUGACCGACUUGCAGAUGUCCGCCGACCGCACCUACUUCAUCACUGCAUCCAAGGACAAGUCUGCCAAGGUUCUCGAGACCGAGUCAUUGGAGGUUCUCAAGACAUACACCACCGACACCCCCCUCAACUCCGCAGCCAUCAUGCCCAAGCACCAGGAGUUUGUUGUUGUCGGAGGAGGACAGGAGGCCAUGGAUGUCACAACGACCAGCAGCCGACAGGGUAAAUUCGAGUGCCGAUUCUGGCACAAGGUCCUCGAGGAGGAGGUUGGACGUGUCCGUGGACAUUUCGGACCCAUCAACACCAUUGCCAUCCACCCCGAUGGUCGCUCCUUUGCCAGUGGUGGAGAGGAUGGUUAUGUCCGUGUUCACCACUUUGACGAUGAUUUCUUCACCUUCAAGUUCCAGAUCUAA